AUGCCCUGUUGCGGUGGUCAACGAGAGAAAUAUGGCAAUCUUGCGGUCGAGCAGAAAUGGGAUUAUAUUAAUCUUGACGAGUUCAAGUCCAACUCAUGCUGGACCUUCUUCGCUUAUGGCUAUUUGAUUGUCAUGUUCAUAGUCUCCAUUUCCGUCUACGCCGUUGAUUCCUUUACCGCUGUCAACCUCCUUGUAUUCGACAAAUGGGCCGGCCAGAUUAAACCCGAGAUUCCUUUGAACAUAUCCCGAUGGAUCUUUGCCGGAUGUAUUAUUCUAUCAUUCAUCUUACUUGCAUAUCGAUGGAUUCGCGCCAUUAGGGUAAUGAAACAAGGAGGUGUCGCCAAAAGUUAUCUGGACCCAUUGGCCGUCCGAGUUCAAUGUAUUCGAUGGGGGAAAGCAAGAGGCUGGAAACGAUUUCUGGUCUUCGCCGAACUGACAAAAAGUCGAAAAGGUGCAGACUACGUCGCAUUGUUCACCUACUUCUCCUUUGAAGCCUGGCUUCGAAUCGUUUUCGCCGAAGGUCCCAGACAGGUCGUCAAUGCCAUCACCCUGUACUCGGUCAUGAGAUUGAACCUCAUUCCUGAAGGUGAACAUGCUGCACCAAAGGGUCAGUCUCCAGUCGCACAGUUCUUCGUCAAUAUUGGAGUACUUGCCAGCAAAAACAAUCUCCAAGCCGUCAUUUUGUUCGGUAUGCUAUGGACACUCCUCAUCUGGGUUCUGUCUGUGCUCAGUCUGAUCAUCUCCAUCAUUCUAUACCUGGUCUUUCUCUGGCAUCAUAUUCCUUCAGAUGCGGGCGGUUUAGGCGGAUACUGUCGACAGAAGAUUAAUCGAAGAAUGGAUCGAGUGGUCAAAGUCAAAGUGGACAAGGCUUUGAAGAAAGAAAAUGAAUUACGUGCUCGAGAAGAAGCAAAGGCUGCAAGGGCAGGCUUGGAUAUCAAGAAACAACCCACUCUUCCCAACCUGGGAGAUGAUGGAUACGACACUGAUUCCUUCUCUGGUCUAUCUCGACAAACUACUAUGACAACCUUGCCCGAAUAUUCGUCUCGAUUGGGCACGAACUCGACCAACAGCUCUACACCAACAUUGCCAACUUUACCGAAUAUCUCAGAACGGCCUCCAAUGCCAACCAGGACGACCACGCAUGGCUCCGCGGCAUCUUGGUCAAGCUACCAUUCGAAUGCACCAUUGAUGAGCGGAGCUGCAGAUAUGGGAUAUUCGCCAGACCGAGCGCAGACUCCUAAUGGUGAUGGCAAUGGUCAAUGGGCUGGACGACCAUUGGCAAACCGAAGUUUCACCGGUCUCUCACAGCCUCCCCAACGAUCAUUCAGUCCAGCGUUACCCAGACCAGGCACAGCUCAAUCAGAUCGAAAUGGGCCAGCUUAUCCCAUGGACCCACUUCCACGACCAGGCACAAGUAUGUCGAAUAGUUCACGCAGCCGACAGCCGUCUGACUCGAUUGGUACACUACCAUACCCAGACGAUCGAGGGUCGAUGGGUUCUGGCACGAGCUUUGAUAACCCUUAUGAAAGCAAUGGUCGUCGAACACCAGCAGCAGCGAUGGGCCCAUCCUUCGCUGGUAUUCCUGAAGAGACAGGCCGAAUGUCUCCCUUACCAGGACCUCAAUAUCAGGGACCCCCUCCAAUGCGAGGUUAUCCUGAUCGAUCUUUCACACCUAAUGGCAGCGGUCCACCGAGGAGUAUGACGCCUAAUGGUAAUGGACCCUUUGCGAGAAGUAUGACUCCCAGUGGUAAUGGUGGUCCACCUCGGAGCAUGACGCCUGUAGGAAAUCCCACACUUCCUCGAUUGCAAACCUCACAAACAGCCGGGGGAUAUAUGCCAUAUUCGGCGGAGCCCCGGUCUGGAACACCAGCAUCAUCAAUUCCUCCAAGCUCUACUGUGCGGAUGGUGGCACCUAGUCGAACUUACAGCCCUUUUGAACAAGGCGGAGCUCCUCGUGGUGUUGCACCCUACCCACAAGACAAUCGAGCACCUCCACAGCGACAGGACAGUGGAGUAGAUGAUAUAUUAAAUCACUAUUGA